GCGGCGAGGAGCGGGGAUCUUCACCGCCGCGGCCAGAGAGGCCGGUGUACGAGGUCUUAUAGUACCCGAUCUUCCUUCUACCGAUUCAAGUGUUCUGAGCAUUGAAGCCAAGAAGAACCAGAUCGAGCUGGUGCUGCUUACAACACCAUCUACAAAGGCAGAGAGGAUGAACGAGAUCACAUCAGCUUCCGAAGGGUUUGUGUACCUUGUAAGUAUCAACGGAUUAACAGGGGCCCGCCCAAGUGUGAAUCCGCACGUUAAGGAUCUUCUCAGGGAGAUUAAGCAGGUCACUGACAAAGCAGUUGCUGUUGGAUUUGGCAUAUCCACCCCUGACCAUGUUAGGCAGGUUGCUCAGUGGGGUGCAGACGGUGUGAUAAUCGGCAGUGCGAUGGUGAAGCAGCUAGGUGAAGCAAAUUCUCCGAGAGAAGGAUUAAAGAGGCUGGAAGUAUAUGCCAGGAGUCUCAAGGAUGCACUGCAUGCCGUGAUAUGUACAAUAUAGGACAAUGUUACUAAAUAUCGACGAACCGGGAUUGCGAUGGCAAGUUAGCUUGGUGUUCCUAGUAAUACAAGUGGUGGUAGAAGCAAUAAGCUAGAAGUAUUUGUUAGUUUUUUCUUGUAUGGCAUGCAAAUGAUGGUGGUUGGAGUACCCGGUCCUUUCCUUCUAGCCAAUUAAUUAAGUUCAUUAAGUUAGAAAAAAAAAUCUUGUAUCCGCUCCUUGAUCGCCUUUACAAGAAAAAUGUUGCACCUACGUAAAA